UACAUAUUAGAAACGUUGAAAUAGUUAAUUUUCGAUAAAACAUUUCGAACAUUUCACUUCACAAUAAAAACUGACAGUGCAACAGAAAGGAGAAAAUAAGAAAUGGCAACAAAACCUCAGCCUGUGGCAGGAGCUGGAGCUGCAAAACCUGGCGCAGCAUCUGCAAGCAGUCAGUCCACAACUCAGGAAUAUGUUGUGAGAGUUUCAAACAACACUUCCAAGAAGCACAGUAUGAUCAAGUUCUCCACUGGAACUGAAGUUGACUUCCUCAAACUCACAAAUACUACUGUGAGAAUGGAAAGGGAAAACAAUUUGAGAGAAUAUAAAACUGCCCAUAAUUUAGACAUGAUGCCGAAAUUUGGUGCUGGAAGUGAGUAUGGCCGUGAACAGAAGGAGGAGGCUAGAAGAAAAAAGUUUGGAAUAAAUAUCAAGAAAUAUAAUCCUGAUGCACAGCCAUGGCUAAUGAAAGUUGGAAAAGGCAAAGAUGCUAAAAGAUUUAAAGGUGUGAGGGAAGGAACGAUCACACAGAAUACAUCAUAUUAUAUAUUCACACAAAGUCCAGAUGGAGCAUUCGAUGCCUUCCCUAUAGAAGAAUGGUACAACUUCCAACCUGUAGUUCAGUAUAAAUAUCUCAACUCGGAGGAGGCAGAGGAGGAAUUUCUAAAGCGGGACAAGAGGAUGAACAUGUUUUCCAUUAUGAAGAGGAUAAAGAAAGACGAUGAUACCGCAGAUCCUGAUGCUGAUGAGAAGAAAGUCAAGAAAAAGAAAGAUAGGAGUUUGAUAUUGACUGACAUGGAGGAAUGGGGUUUCGAUGAAGAUGAUGAUGACGAUGAUGAUGAUGAUGACGACGAAGAGGGAGAGAAAAAGCCAAAGAAGAAAGAAAAGAAAGAUACAAAGAAGAAAGGAAGGAAGGUUGCAAAACUAAAUGACAAUGACGAGGCUGUAGAAGAUAGUGACGAGGGAGAUUUUGAUGACAGAGAACUAGAUUAUAUUUCAGAUUCUGGAAGUGAAUCAGAACUAGAUGAGAAAGAGAAAGAUGCCAAGUACGAUACACAGGGUGUAGAUCAGGAACGUGGACUGAAGAAACUGAUCGACUCGGAGGAAGAGAGCAGUGAGGAGGAGGGAGAAAAUAAAGAAGAAGAGGAGAACGAGGAGGGAGAGGCUGACGAGGGAGGGGGAGAGGGAGGUGGUGGCGGCAAAGAGAAAAAAGUGAAGAAAGAAAAGAAGGAGAAAAGUAAAGAUGGUGGAGAUGAAAGUGACAGUAGCAGUUCCUCCUCAGACAGCGAGGACUCGGAUAUAGACAAGAAUGAGGAUAAGUUCUCAUCUGUUCUCUUUAUGCAAAAAAGGAAAGGUGGAUCAAGAUCUAACACUCCAACAUUUGACAAAUCAGCUGAUAGUAAGGUAGAUGUCAAGACAGAGGUCAAAUCAGAUGGUGUAAAGAGGAAGAUGGAGGGUGAAGAUACGACAGACUCACAGAAGAAACCUAGAACUGAAUCUCCCGUUGUGCCGUCUGCUUCCAGCGCAUCAUUGUCUAGUGGUGAGAUAACGGAGGAAGCUAUCAGACGGUAUCUGUCUCGUAAACCCAUGACAGCUAAAGAACUUGUACAGAAAUUCAAAUCAAAGAAACCGCAGAUGUCAAAAGAUCAGAUGACUCAACGUAUCGGACAGUUAUUGAAGAAAAUCAAUCCGGAGAGAAAAUAUGUGAACAAUGUGUUGUAUUUAUCUUUAAAGAAAUCAGAUUGAUGAUGUCUUCAUUUCAUAAUGCCUACUGUUUAGUACUGGUUGUAUAAAAAGGUGAAUUUGAUUGAAAGAUAUCUCAGGGAUAUCUAUAAAUGACUGGUUGCUGUAUCUAGUUUGAGUUGUGUUGUAGGCUAUUUCCAAUUAACUAAAUGAGGCACUGUACUUUUUUUUACAGUAAUAUUAACUUGUGGCAUAUAUUGGUUGAUUGGAACAGCUUGUUAUUGAGAUAUUGAGAAGUAUCAUGUUUGAUGGAGGUUUAUUUUCAACAUUUAGCCUGCUAAAUUCCGAAAAUGGACUGGUCUAUCAUUCAAUUUGGGCAAUACCAUUUAUUAUUGGAAGGGAUUUUCACAGAAAAUUUACUGACUGAAUAGUGAACAGUGCAGAAGAUGAUCCAUGCUAGUAGGUUAAAGGUUAAAAUGGUUAAUAUUGGGAAUUUAUAAUUUGAGCGUGACAUAAUUGCUCGGCAUUGCUCAGGGAGGCAAACACAUAUACGUGUAUAUUGAGUACAGAAUGUGGAUUUUGAAUCCUGAUUUUUGUUUCUGAUCUCGCGAUAUUACUGAUUAUUGGAAUACUAAAUGUCUACUUGAACAUGUUUAUAAACAUUUAAGUAUGUACGACCCACCACAUAGAGUCAGUGGAUCUGAUGGAAUGAGAAUUGGUCAAACAGUUGAUUAUUUCUUGCCUAGCUAUUUAACAUUUUAAUAUAUCACCUACAUGUAGUUUUAAAAAGUCUGUAAGUGUACUGAAUGUGUGAAAGAUAUUCAUUUAAUCAUUUUGUAGGCCUUAAAGGCCUUCAUCAUUACAUGUGUUUACUCUAGGUCAUUUUUGUACCCCCAGACAACAAAGUUGUAAGGGUGGGUAUACUGGUUUCAGGUUGUCUGUCCCUCUGUCUGUUCAUAGACACAAUUUUGUGCACACCAUAUCUCCUCAUCUCCUUGACAGAAUUUAAUGAAACUUCAUACAAGUGAUCAGUAACAACAGUAGUUGUGCAUAGUGCAUGUUAGUUUCUUUAGGAGAAAAAAAUUCACAGAGUAACAAGACUUUGUUUUUUGUUACUAUACUAUAUAUUUUGAGUCUGCAUAUGCAAUCUUGUGUGCACCAACUCUCCUCAUCCCCUUGACACAAUUUAAUGAAACCUCACACAAGUGAUCAGUAACAACAGUAGUUGUGCAUGGUGCAUGUUAGUUUCUUUCGGAAAUUUUUUUUUGCAGAGUUAAGGGACUUUGUUUUUUGUUACUAAACUAUAUGCAUAGUUUGUGCAUAUGCAAUCUUUUCAUGCCUAAUCUCCUGAACCCAUGACACAAUUGAAUGAAACUUAACAAAAAUGAUCAGUAGUAACCCUAGUUGUGCAUGGUGCAUGUUAGGUUCUUUCAGAAAAAAAUUCUGCAAAGUAAUGGGACUUUGUUUUUUGUUAAUAAACUAUAUACAUACAGUCUGCAUGUGCAAUCUUGUGCAUGCCUAAUCUCCCGAACCCUUGCACACAAUUUAAUGAAACUUCACACAAGUAACAACCUUAGUUGUGGAUGGUGCAUGUUAUGUUCUUUUAGAUAAAUAUUCCGCAGAGUUAUGGGUCUUUGUUUUUUGUUACUAUACUAUAUACAUAAAAUUAUGGUCUAUGUACAUAUAAUCCACAUAAUAAAGCAAACUUAUGUGUGUCAAAUUGCAAUGUACUGUGUCAAUGCAUGCGGGGGGUACAUUCAUCACCUUCAGUGAUAGCUUUAGUUAAAUUUUGUUAUGUUGUAAACUAAAGCAGAACAUGCUGCUAGAAAUCAGUUAGUGCUGCAGAUAAUGUGAAUUUAUGGUUUGAUUUAAUUUAGUGGAAUAAAAAGUGUUUUAAAUCUACAGAAGAACUUGUCAAACUACUGCAUUAUAUUGUUGUCAUUGUUUUUAAAUAGUUCUGUGCUAUUGAAAAGUAAAAUAGAUUAUUUUCUGUAAAGUUACAAGUUAUGCAGUCAAAACAUCAAAAGAUCUUAAACUUUGAUGAAUGCUUUUUUUCUGUUCCUGUACAGUCAAAGUUGCUUUACAAGUAAGAGGGCAACUUUUGCCUCCGUCUGGUUCUUUCAAAAUGAUGGGUACUGAUGUAACAUGCAUUAUUGUUGAAAUAUGAGAAGUGCAAGUUUUGUGCAAUAAAUCACAAAAGUAAAUAUUAAAAACAGCAAGAGUU